UUUUAUAUGCAUUCUAGGACUAUAUAGUGAUGAUCGACUAAUGAAAAGUUAUAUAGUUUUAUCAAUAUUAUAUGUCACCUUAUUUGUCUAGAGGGCAAAUCGUUUAUUUUAAUUUAACAUGGCGAUUUAAUUACGGAAAUGAUUUACAAUAUUAGAAAUGAUUAAAACUCUGUUUGUAAACAUGUGAUCUAAUGAAAAUGGCUGUAUAGUAACACGUGUACAGGUUAAUAGAGCUUACGGUGGAUUUAUGAGUGUGGACAAAAUCCGCUUUAAGCUUAUAAUAUAUUAAUGUAUAUCUGCAAUUACAAGAGUACUUUAUUGUACAAAAUAUAUAUUAUUAUUUUGAUGGAUUUCAUUUAGAACUUUAUGGUUAAGAGUGAAUAAAAAUUAGCCUUUUUGACAAUAAAAUCGGACUUUAACAAAUGAAAAUUAUUUAUAAAAAUGUGUUUUAAGAGAGAAACAAAAACAUGGAAUUUAAGUUAAGAACUAAUAGUGAAUUAUAAAUGGAAUAAGUGAAUAUGAAGAUAUGCGACACUACUUUAAACGUAACGUCUUGAUAAAAUAUGUAAAUUAUUGACAAUAAUAGACAAGUAUCCGAGAUCGGUAGAAAAUGAAUUAUAAUAAUAUUAUAUCGACCUGUCAACAGAUGGUCCGUCGUGUUUUAUUAUGAUUUAUACAACACAUACGUAUUAAUAUUUAUAUAAAAGGCAAAGUUUUCACGGCCUGAUGGUUUAAAAUAGAAACAUUUGUUUAGCAUUAAAACAUCAACUUUAACACUAAAGAGAAAUAAAUGCAAAUUUAUUCGUUAUCUUGGCAGUUUGAUUUAAUUUAAUUUGUUUAUUGUGACAUUUUGCAUUGUCGACAUGUCCACUGGGACAGUGUAUCAGUUUGUAGCCGGAUUUUUAGUCGGUGCCGUGCUGUGCAUUUGUACUUUUGGUAGAUGGCAAUAUUCAAAGUUAAGUUGGGAUAUCCCAGACACAAACCAAAUGGGAGUUCCCAUUGAAGUACUCGAAAUAUCGUUUUUGACAAGAAUGUUUAAAGGUUCAUUGAAUCAUGCCAAUGGAAGCCGGGACACAUUCAACGGUUAUAAAAUGCCGAUAGAUGAUAUGAAAAAUAAAACUAUGAUCACGUGCAUAGUACCGUUGCUUAGAGAUUUUGGACACACUGACCAAUUAGAAUCAGGAAUUGUGGUCACGUGGAUUAAAUCCUGUGAUCACGUGGUAUUUCUAAGAAAUCGUACAUUGUCUAGAUUAGACAAAGGUAUUCAACACUCAUUAAAGACACUUCAGUAUAGAGCACGAUCUAAAAUGAAAACAUCUGUCAGUUAUUUCUACAUUCCCGAAAACAUGACGGAAACGGCCGACAACAAUUCGGUAAUAGUCGGAGAUGUUACGAAGACAGACGAUAAUACCAGCGAGGAUAUGUCGUGGUUAAUGUCUCAAUUUAAAGCUAUCGAAUUUGCAUUUCAUAAAUAUUCAGAUACAAAUAUCUUUAUUGUAACACCGAGUGUUAAAGACAUAAUAAAAUAUUUUUAUAAGCAUGUUAAUGGACACUCAGAUGACAAACAAUUAGAAAGGCUACACAAAUUCUUGAGAACAGACGUUUCCUUUGAACUAGCUGUGUUACCGCUGGAUGAAUGUCUGGUUUUAGGAAGAAAGGCAGUGUCCAAAUUAAUCAAAAUGACCAACUUAAAACCCUGCUCUUUUAAAAACCAACGUGUGUUAUUCGAGUGGGCAGAACAGUGUAUUGGAAGUUAAAAUUUGUAUGUCGAUUUUACUACAAAAAUCCUAGUCUAUUCAAUAUUUAUUACUAAGCAAUGCUAUUUAUAGUAAAUUAUGUCCGACUAAUCAAUUUAAAUUAUCUUAUUUAUAUAAUAAGUCUGACACUGUCUAGAUUAUUUUGUGACUUUUCAAUGAACUGAGGAGGGCUCUAGAUUUCUCGCUGAUUAAGAACAUUUCCGUCACGAGCAACUAGUCAUAUUUCAUAAGAGACGGAGUCGAUAGCAUUCUAGCUCAUAUGAGCUAAACACGCUUAGUGUUAAAAAUAUGUUUAUUAAACUUUGGACAAUUUUCAUUGUAUUUAUUGAAACCUAAACCACAAGAAUUUGUAACCAACGUCCCCCGCCUCGGGGAAUUUUUAUACAAAGCAUAAAAUUGUGCCAUUUCAAAAGAUUGAGGUAUGGAUCUCAGGACUUUCAGUCCAAACUUAUGAUCAAUGCUAGAUCUGCAAAUGCAACAAUAAAUUUAUUAAAGUAAAAUGAAACACAGAAUUUAAAAUUUAUCAUGUUAAGCUUUGACCUCUAAGUAUGACCUAUACAUUGGAGGUAGGGGUGCAGGUGUUAUGCAUGACAUAUCGUCUAAUUAUUGUAACUAUUUGUGCCAAGUAUUUUCAAAAUCCCUUGAACUAUGAAGAAGUUAUAGAUCGGACACAA